UUUAAAUUCCUCAAUAAGUAUAUAGUAAAAUGUUUAUACAAUCAGGAAGUAUGUAGAUGCAUAUUGUUGAAAAGAUAGGAAAAUAUGUGGACUACUGUCGUAAAUCUUGCUCUUUUUCUCGGUAUUAUAUCAACUUUGUCUCCAGUUCAAGCCGCUGAUCAUGUCUUUGAAACGUUGGGCGAACUUGAAUUCCAAUGCCCUCAUGGAUGGAUCAUUCACAAAGCCAACUGUUAUAAGAAAGUGGAUGUUGAUAUGACGUUCAACGAGGCGUCCACGACGUGUAACCUGGAGGGAGCUCAUCUGUUCUACCCGGCAAAUGAGCUUGAAUAUGACGAGGUUAUAGCCCGCAACGCACCAGGAAUACACACAUGGAUUGGUUUUAUGACUAACGGAACCCACAUUGGUCGUACCGAGGCCGGUUUAGAUACUCCAAGCGACCGGAUUCCACGUUGGGCUAACAACGAGCCCACUACAAACAUGCACGACAUUGACUGUAUUCUGGUCGACAAUAUGAAGGGGCUUAUGGUUAGAGCGUGCGACGAGAUGCAUCCUUUCUUCUGUAAGAGAAGGGCUUGUCUCAAAGGUUACAUGUCCUGCGAUAUGGCUGCGAAGUGUGUUCCUGAGACGAGAAAGUGUGACGGGAAGUUUGACUGCUCGGACACUAGUGAUGAAUUGGACUGUCCUAAUGAUAUGAACUAUAUAGACGUUGAACGCUCGGGAAGUUUUUCUACUCACACACUGUAUCCUGGUCAGAAUAGAAUUUGGACAAUAAAAGCUCCAAUUGGACGACGAAUUAAACUUUACGUGCCGUCUAUGACUCUCGAAACGAAUGUGGCGUUUUUAGAAGUAUGGACCGGUAAUCCUACAUUUGCUGUUUCCCGGCUCAUAAAGAAGUUUACUAGCACUGUAAACGCGGGCGUUUAUCUGUAUUCAGAUAACAACUACAUGACUGUUCGUCUGUACGCCAACAACCUUCAGCAAAACUUCAACGCAAAAACAUUGAGUUAUACCGCAGAUAAUACAAACAUAUUUCGUGGCUACAAGGACCUCGAUGCUUCGGUCGGGUUGAGUUCAUUGAUCUUCCCUUACCAGGGAUUUGAAUAUAAACCAGAAGGUCUACAACUACGUUGGAGAAUUACAGCUUCUGGAGGAGAUUAUAUUACAUACUAUGUUGAGCCAAUAGAUAAGACGAAACCAACAUCAGGGAAGAUACGCGGCGGGAUGACAAACCUAGCACCUGGUGAUGUCCGAGUGACCGGACGAAACGAAUUGCACAUCACAAUGGAAGGCGUUCCUGAAAAUCUCCAACUUAUGUACAAAUCAGGCUGUGGUGGCAUUACGCUGACGCAUGAGUAUGGUGAAAUACACCUGUUUGACGAACUGAUUCCACACAAUGCAACGUGUACGUGGACAUUAAAAGGGGGAGAGGCAGUUGGUCGAGGACUUGCGUUAAAGUUCAUGAACGACCUGUACGACGAUCCACGUACAACAUUUGCGAAACAGUCCAUGGAUGUAUUUACUAUUGAAGGCUCAGGAGGGACUGAGAUUGGGGUGGAGAAUUAUCCUGAGAUGAUUUACCAUAGUUCGGAUGGUAACUUUAAAGUCACUUUCCAAUCUGAUGUUGCUCUCAAUUCGAAGAGUUCUCGUUUAGAAUUCGGAGCAGACUGCCCAGCUCUUAAAGUUUCUGAGCAAACUGAAUUGAAUAAAAACACGAGUUACUUUAAUGAAGAUGUGCUAUUGACUUGCUCUACUGGAUACGACUUUAACCUUGAGAAAUACGCACUUAGAGAGUCUCUGACACUAAGGUGUACACAAGGAUCAUGGUACAUUGAUGAUGAUAAACUUGCCACAAUUCCAGAAUGCAAGUUGGUAUUUUGUGGCGCUCCUCCGAAAGUGAACAAUGCAUAUGUUACUUACGCAUCUGGAGCUUCAUAUAUGUCAGUCGCUACCUACGCUUGCAAUGAGGGAUUGAAUAUGGAGGGCGGGCCAAUUGCUACCUGCAUGGGUAGCGGCGAAUGGGAGGGACUACCGUCAUGCUCUUCUUCAAGCUGUAAGGCAUUACCGGAAGACCUCGUACAGAACGGGGGUCUAAAAGUAAUCGGAGGUAACGAUUUCUCUGGAGCCAGCGCUGAUUUUAACACAGUUGUACAGUUUUUCUGUAAUGAUGGCUACGAAAUGGUGGGUACAGUACGGACCUACUGUAAUAUCGACGGCUGGACACACGGAAAUUCUCCUCCAACAUGUAAAGUACUUUCUUGUCCGAUACCAAGCUUGCCCAACGCGGAAUACAAUCUUGAUGGAGAAGUUAACUUCGAAGACUUUCUGACAGUUUCUUGCCAACAAGGGUUUCAGUUCAUGGACAGAUCUGAAAACACACCCUUGAAUAUGAACUGUCAAGCAAAUCAAACCUUUGACAUAGUUGAUGAAUGCAUUGAUAUUGACGAAUGUAAAACUGGCUCUAGUGGCUGCAACCUCGACUCAACAGUAUGUAGGAAUACCAUAGGUGGCCACGAGUGUGUCUGCAAAGAUGGCUUUAACAAUCCCACUGGGGUUUCUUGCUUAGACAUCAACGAAUGUUCAGUAAACAACGGUGGCUGUUACAAUUUCGCAAGCUGCGAAAACGCCCCAGGCUCAUACAGCUGUUCCUGUCCCAGUGGUCACAAAUUGUUUGAAGAGGAUGGAGACCAGGGAUUUACUCUGCAAGCGUCCGAGACUGGGCUUGGGGAAAACGAUAUGUAUCGAAUCAACCAUACCUGUGUUCCAUUGGAAUGUCCUGAGUUCCCGGAUGUCCAAAACGGAUUGUACUUGACCAGCGAGACUAUGUUCCAUUUUAAAGACGGAGUGGAGAUUCAUUGUGCAGAUGGCUAUUUCUUCGCCAGUGACGGAACUACUACAUCUGACACGGACGGUACAUUAGCUUGUACAGCUGCCGGAGACUGGGACAAAACACCAUCAUGCUCUGCGCGGGAGUGUACAUUUCCAGUAAAUCCAUUAAAUGGUAUGUAUGACAAAGAAAGAGUCGUUUUUGGGGAACAACUUACGCUCACCUGUAACCUAUCGGAAUCAGAGCAGAUUACUAGACAAGCUAUGUGUUUGUACAAUGGCACGGAUAACGGAGUUGUGUUUGGCGGAGAUGAUAUCACCGUCUGUCCAGUAAAAACUUGUGGAGAUCCGGACGAUGUCAUGCCGCAAGCGGGAACUUACUCUGGCAACAAACCACCAACCUUCACCUACUGGCCAACAACAUCGAAGUUCACAUUUGAUUGUUUAGAUGGCUUUAGUGUCACCGGGCACUCCGAAGAAGGUGACAUGAAUGUCAAGUGUAAAGCAAAUAGCCGAUGGAGUCUACAAUCGUUGGGAUGUUUUGGAGAGAUGUGCAUAGAUCAUGGAACACCAGGUGACGCCAAUCAAAUCGCAUCAAGUUAUGACAUUGGUGCAACACUAAGCUAUGCAUGCAAAAGAACAGGAUUUAAACCAACAGGGCCAGAUAACUACACCUGUAGAUAUAUAAAUGGUGCAGCAGUUUGGUCAGGCAAUCUGGGCAACGUUCUUCCUACGUGUGAAGACAUCCGAGAACCGACGUACGAUGCAUGCCAGACAGAACCACAGACUGCAUUUAAAAUGCAAUCCGCAGAUUUUAAGGUUCCGACAUUUAGUGACAACUUUGCGAUUUUGAGUGUUUCUAAAUCUGGCCUCGCUCGCCCGGGAGAUGUGUUGACAUCGAAUGAAAAUGUUUCGUACACGGCGAAUGAUUUUAAUGGAAAUUCAGCGACUUGCUCUAAUUAUAUUGUAGUUUCAGAACGCAAGAAACCCUCCACUGAUUGCCCGUCUCAGAAAAUCAUCAGUGUCGGCGAUAGGGGUGAAGCUGUGUACUAUGUGAGCGAUUGGAAAACACAAUAUUACCAGGAGGUGGACGCGCACACUACUGAGCUUUUAUCCAUCGUGCCAGCAUCUGUGACCUCUAACGUAAGCAAAAUAGGGGUCUCGGAAGAAAUCGUGGUAACCAUACGGUUUGCAGACGGGACAAAUGUGGGCGAGGAGGCACAAUGUAAAUUCAGAGUUUUCUAUGAAGCUGGUGAUUGCUUUGAAGAAAGCUUAUUUAGUGACAGUUUCUCAACAACGGACUGUACAGAUGCUGGAGUAGGUGGCUUAGAAUGUACUCGAACAUGCAGAAACGGAUAUGUGUUUGGAAAUGGAGCCCCAUCAAAGACAUUCAUUUGCACUUCACCUAACACUUGGGAUUUUGACCAAGCGGACCCAACAAAUCGAUAUUGUCUCCCAAUACAAAACUCUGACGAUACCAUCGACAUCCAAGUAUACUAUGAUUACGCCUAUUCAAACCACAAUUGCUUUGGGAAUUAUUUCACAAAGGUGAAGGGUGAGCUCAGUACCUUUGAAAACAAAAUUCGGUCAUCUUGCAAUUUAAACUGGGAUGUACAAGUCGUUACAGCAGCGUUGGUUAAAACAACCAAGUUUUCAGCGACGUUAAAAUUGACUUUGCUUUCGACUGCAACAACCACUGAGAAGAACAACUGUUAUGACAUUAUACGUUAUAACUCUGCAUUGUUUAAUUUCGGAAAUAAUCAAUUGGCAUGCAGUAAUGGUUCCGCUACAAUAAGUGUUAAUUCAACUGCCACUGGGAAUAUAGAGGUUACCUGCCGACAGAACUAUCACUUUAAAGUGCCAAGUACCGACCUAACUGAGGACGUUUGCGUGCCAUGCGGUCCUGGCUUGAUCUACAAUUCUUCAUCACAAUCAUGUGAAGCAUGCCCUGAUGUCCAGUACAGCGGAAACACCAUGCAGAGAACGUGUCUAUCAUGCAACAGUGGUUCCUAUCCAAACGUAGCAGGAACGCAUUGUCAAGUUACAUGCCCGGCAGGAUAUACAUCACCAGAUGGGUUUUAUCCCUGCACACCAUGCCCUGCUGACUCGUACUCGGUGAAUACAACAACAUGCAAAAAGUGUCCGAACGGAGGGUCGACAGUCGGAGUACCAGCUGCCUCGUCUGAACGGCAAUGUUUUGACCCUUGCCCGGAGGGACAGUAUUCUUUGUCUGGUUAUAUGUACACAGCAUGCAAUCCAUGUCCCCUACAUCAUUACCAAGCUACGCCUGGGAUGACGUAUUGUGAGCAAUGUCCUUCUUCUCAUAUGACAUUACAAAUGGGAAGCGUGAACAGUACAUUUUGUCUACCUAUAGAAGAUUGUAACAGUGCUUACUGCAACGACAGAGGGACAUGUGUAACAGCAUUUGGACGGAAGAACUGCCAGUGCGCUGAUGGCUACUAUGGCGAGCAAUGCGAGGACAAUUAUCAUAUUUGCAAUGGAAAUCCUUGCACAAACGGUGGGACUUGUGUGCCUGGAGACGGCCCAACAGAUUAUACAUGCACUUGUGUGACGGAUUAUGAUGUAUGUAUCAUGGAAACAAAAGCUGAAAUGAUGUUAGGGAAUGUCACUGGUCAACUUGGGUUUUCCAUUGUUCAAGAUAAAACGGAAUGUGAACAACUUUGUCUAGAGGACGAUAAUUGCAUAGAGGCGACAUAUUUGAAAUCAUCUAUUGGUAUUUCUGCCUGUACACGUUUCAACACAGCAGCUUAUUUAGAAACCGCAUAUGUGGCGGGAACAGUUCACAUGACAAAACACUGCACACCAGGAUUUACUGGCGAUAUUUGUGAGAUAGACAACAUUGACAACUGUAACAAUUCUCAAUGUCACGAAUAUUCGCGAUGCUUGGACAAAAUCAACGGCUAUGAGUGUAUUUGCUCUUCAUCUGGUGGAUUCGGUGGGCAAUACUGUAAAACUUCAACAAAUCCCUGUGAUGAUUUACCAUGCCAACAUGGAACAUGCAAAAGUUUUGACAAUGUUCGAUAUGAAUGCACUUGCCAUGACGGGUAUGAUGGCAUCAACUGCGACAAUAACAUUAACGAGUGUAACGAACACCCCGAUGCAUGCAUGUAUGGUGGAACAUGCCUUGACCGUGUGAAUGGAUACCAGUGUAAUUGCAUGUCUGGUUUUUCGGGAGAACACUGUGAGAAUGUACCGAACUACUGCUCACCUGGUGACUGUCAAGAGGAAAACGUUUGCUAUAGCAGUUUAGAUGCACAUGAUGGUGUUUGUUCAUGCGAUUCUCGUUUUUUCGAGCCGGUGUACAUCUGUGAUAUGCAAGACACAAGUGGGAAAAUUCUUGGCGACCCUGAGCCUAAUGUUAUAGGUUACGUGAGGAUUGUGCAAUCUAUUCAGGAAUGUAAAGACUUAUGUCAGUAUGAACCUGAUUGUGGUUAUGCUGAAUAUCAAGAGUUUCCAGCCGCUAAAGCAUGCCUUCUGUACCAAAGAGGCACAUUAAAUGAAAUAGACAACGCAAUAUCAACUAUUAUCAAGAAGGACUGCAGCAUUGAAGGAACUCAUUAUAACUGCAAUAGAAAGGCAACCCCCUGCGAUACAAUUACUUGUUACAACAACGGAACCUGCUCAGAUAACGGCUUUGUAGCUAACUGCCAAUGUGCCGCGGGCUUCUGGGGUACUCGAUGUCAGUACAGUGUAGACGAUUGUGUUAAUAACAAUUGCCAGAAUGGUGCUGUAUGUGUUGAUGGCUAUCUUGGUUUUACAUGUGAAUGUCCUGUGGGAUUUGUAGGAAACCAGUGUGAGACCAAUACUGAUGACUGUCCUGGACUUUGUAACACUAUAUAUGGAAUAUGUCAGGACCUUGUUGAUGGCUACAAAUGUGUCUGUGAACCUGGAUAUCAGGGUAGCAAUUGCGAGCUAGAAAUAGACGAAUGCCUCUCAUAUCCGUGUAAACAUGGAGCCGAGUGUGAAGAUAUGGUAAAUGACUACUCAUGUAAGUGUAAAGAGGGCUGGACAGGCAAGAACUGCGACAUGGAAAUAGAUCAUUGCAAAACACGGAGCUGUGAGAAUAGCGGAGAGUGCUUCAAUUUACCAGAGUCAUCAUUUUGCAGAUGUGAAGGCGGUGCACUUGGAGAGAACUGUGAAAACGCAACAUUAGUAUGUGAUGUCAUGAGCGGAACUGACGUCUGUCAAAAUGGAGGUCUGUGCACAAACAGAUCAGGAACAGCCUCGUGCGAAUGUCAUCCAGAUUAUGAUGUGCGGCGGUGCUAUUUUGACGAAGGACUUGUCGGAUUUACUGGAGGUACAAGUGAAACGUUAGACUUCAACCAAGCACAGAGCCUUGAAGAAUGUAAAACCAGAUGCUUACAAAAACCAAACUGCGGCGAUAUGGUGUUUUUGACUUUAUCUAGACUAUUUUAUUGUUAUUUGUAUGAGCGGGAGAAGUUUGUGUCAACAUCAGAUGAACCUACGAGAGUGCAUUAUCGAAGAAUUUGUCCCACAGAUUAUACAGGAGACUCGUGCGAACAAGUUAAGGAUUGGUGCUCCGAAGAAAAUAAUCCCUGUAAGAACGGAGGAGAAUGUACGCCAAAGGGACCUGUUGGAUAUACGUGCAUGUGUAAGCCAGGGUACAGCGGUGUUACGUGUAACAUUGACGCUGAUCCUUGUAGUACAAACCCAUGUGCGGGCGUAGCAAGAUGCCAGUCUACGGUAACAGAGUAUAUCUGUCAGUGUGAACAGGGAAAAAUAUUCACCGGAAGCCAGUGCAGAGAUGAUCCCACAAGACCGGUCAUUUUAAUUAACAAUUUAUAUGGUGUACUUGACGCGCCAACCCUACAAACACCAUUCCGUUGGAUCACCAAAACGAUUUCUAUAAUGUUUAUGAUCAGAGUGCAUGCUAGUUCUGACCAUGAAUUGGCGAGUUUGUUGAAUAUUUACGUGCAAAAUUCAUUACAUCCAAACUAUCAGGAUUAUAUGUACUGGAUAUCCGUUAGUCGCAGAGGAAUUUGGGUAAAAAAUGACACGUCCUCCUGGUUGGGUGUCACGUUUAACGAAGAUUUUGGAAGUGAACUGGGUGAUGGGAGUUGGCAUCAUUUUGGUAUUGCAAUAGUUGAGAAUGGUAUGCUGUCGGCCACUUUAGAUGCCAUCACGAUAGACGAUGCUGUUGAAGUUGUAUCCCCUCCGGCGGGGGAAAAGAACGUGCAGAUAUCUCUUGGCUAUUUGAAUCUAGCCGAAUAUCAGGAUGUAUCUGUAUGGGACGUAACUUUAACGAGCCGCGAUUUUGCACUAGCGUCUGUUGGUACUCAACCAUCUGUUAAUCCUAUACAAGGAUGGUGGAACUAUGACCCUAAGACCUCAGGGAUUCGUCUGACAGAACGGCUGCAGCAUAAUCUUCUAGACGAUCCGAACAUACACUUCCCGCAGAUAAACUGUGAUGGUUUUGAAAACAUAAUGCAUGUGUCUGCUGAAAGAGUUGUAGACAGGGAUACAUUUGUCGGCAAGAUUGAGGAGGUCAAAGAAAACACCAAUGAAACUCUAACAUUCAAACACUCCCUUCCACCAAGUUUGACUUGGGGAUUCUAUGAAACAGUUGUUGUCGGUAUGAAUAGUAACACCCUCAACUACGGAGAAUGCAGAGUGCAGCUUGUGGUAAAAUACAACGACGUGUGUCCAGCAGCUCGAUCAGACAACACCCUAAGAGAAGUAUGUCCUUCAAAUGCAGACGCCGUGUGUGAUCUCACGUGUUUAGAUCCAAAUGAAGCACUUUUUGCACCUGUUCCUAAAUAUAUUUCUUGUGGAACGCUUGGCGUAUGGGAUACAACAAAACCGUAUGAUGAUCUCGUCCUUCCGGGAUGUACAAUCAGAGGGGACCCAAUGUAUGCAGUCACAAGCAUGAUGAAAUUUGAAACAGUGAUACCUUGUGGAAACUUAAAAAAAAUUAACACUCAUGUUACUAAUAGAUUGAUUGAUGUGUUAAUGAACAAUGUUAAUGGUGAAAAGUGGACGGGACUUUGCACAGGUGCCAUGUGUGAUAACCUAGCAAUCACAAAAGCAGCCUGCAUCAGCAAUACCAAUAUGUUUGAAGUUGGAUUCAUUCUUACAUAUGCAAGCAAUACGAUAACUGCUGUUGGUGGUGGAGAAACGUCCGUGUUAGAUGCGCUCAGGAUUAUCAUCCUGUUAGAAAAAGAUUUGGGCAUGCAGGAAAUAGCUAGUGCAUCCUUACUCGAAGACACUGUUGAAAUCAGCAUGAAAAAGGUCUGUGAGGAUGGUUUCGCUCUCGUGAUAAGCGAUAAUUCCAGAGUUUGUGUGCCCUGCGGCCCUGGUUGGAGGUACGACUUAGAGACAAAAGAGUGUGUUCUCUGUGAUUAUGGGCAUUAUCAGAACGGCAUUGCGCAAACAGAGUGCAUUCCUUGUAGGAAUGACAAAUGGACGAAUUUCCGCGGAGCUAGGGAAGCGAAUGACUGUAUAAUAAAAUGUGCAGUUGGAAUAUACUAUGAUGUUGACGUGGAACAAUGUGUGGAUUGUAAGCGACAUUACUUCCAGAACAUGACUGGGCAGCACUACUGUUUUCCCUGUCAAUUAGGAUAUAAGACAGUCGGAAAUCGUUCUACCAGCAUUGAUGAUUGUACAGAGGAAUGCUUGCCUGGUUAUGUUCGAAACCCCCAAAACCUCACGGAAUGUGUUCGAUGUGACAGAGGGACGUUUAGGAGUACCCAAGACGAUUGCAUUCCUUGUACAGAUGGAAAGUACACCUUGGAGGAUACUAUUGCAAUGGACUCGAGCUACUGUGACAUGGAUAUUUGCGAUCUUGGAAAAUUUUGGAAUGUUACUGCAAGCGUUUGCCAGCCAUGUGAUUUUGGCUAUUAUCAAGAUGAAAUGUACCAAUUACAAUGCAAAGUGUGUGCUUCCGACUUUUCAACAAGAGACAUGGGCGCUCAAAAUGACUCUUUCUGUGAAUUUUACUGCCCUGCUGGCCAAGAGUUAAAUGCAGGUACAAAUUGUGCUAGCUGUGAACGGGGAUUCUUCAAGGCUAAUGUUGGUCUUAACAAGUUCAAUGCGUGUCAAGAAUGCAGUACUGGAAAAACAACAGAAACGACAGGAUCUUCCUCGGAAUCUGAAUGUUCAAUCCAUAAAUGUGGACCUGGAGAGAUCAAUACUGAGAAUGGAUGCGUUAAAUGUCCAAUAGAUACUUAUCAAACAAUGGAUCACCCUUAUUCAAGCAUCGAGUGCCAACUAUGUCAGAAGGAUGGCAUAUUUGAAACCGGAACCAUAGCUACAGGUGUGUCUAAUAGCGACGAGUGUAAACCCUUCUGUGCAUCUGGGUACAUUAUCAACGCCAAAUCCACUGGUUGUGAUCCGUGUUCGCGAGGAUCAUACAAAAACAAUGAGGACAGCCGGUUCGCUGCCGAGUGUACUUGGUGUCCAGUGGGUACCACAACCGACGGCAUGGCAUCUACACAUGUAGACAACUGUAGCAUUCCCGUUUGCACUGCGGGGCAAUACAUCUUGAACGGUGCCUGUACCGAAUGCCCGAUAGAUACAUUUUCAACCAAGAAACUCCCAACAUCCGAGACAGAAUGCCUGAGUUGUACCGAUGAGUGUGAUCUUUGUGUGAUUCGGGGAACUGAGGGAACCGGUGCAAGUAGUGUAGAAGAAUGUAGAGCGUAUUGUCCGUCGGGUCGGAUGAUUAACGCUGACUUUAACGGCUGCAUACCGUGUCCAAUUGGGAUGUACAAGGACAAUACAUUGGAUAGUUUUUCGUCUGAAUGCACGCCAUGCCCAGACGGUUCAGCAACACAAAAUGUCGGAGCUACCCAAGCUAGCCAAUGCACCAGUCAUGAAGAGGAAAGCAGCCCUGCUGUUAUCAUAGGUACUUCUAUCGCUGGUGGAUUAUUGCUGAUAGUUGUCAUGGCAUUCUUGAUUUACCGACUCAGAAACAGGAACAAGAAGUUACCGGAAGAAGAAAGUUCCGACAUGACUGAUGCUUCUAAUCCGAUGAACGUUUAUAAUAUAUUGCAUGACGGAGAAAAUGACAUACCGACUAGUACAGACGAAUAUUACGUCAUUCCUGCGGACCUAAACGUUUCAGUAACAGGAGAUGCUCAAGCAAGUACUGGCACUAAUGCAAAUGGAAGCAGUAUACAUGAUCAAAAUACUGAUACUGCCUCUUCAGAAAGAGAUGUCUACACUCAACUAGACGUGGAUAGUUCAAAUGACAAAGACAAAGAAUAUCUUUGUCUGUACUCGCAUGAUUCCAUUGGGUAUCUGGUUCCAUUGCAACUCAGGAACAUAUCCGACAACACAAACGAAGAAGGGCACAGUAAUACAUCAGUUUUGUAAAUUAUUGGACUUCCGAUUUUACAGAUUGAGACAAGUCUGUCAAUUUGAUGGUGUGCUCCAUUUGAAAAUGGAGUUCAAUUUCAAGUUGUGUUGAAUGAUGAUCAUAAAAACAUUCAAACAAUGUUUCACUUGUUCCAUUAAAUGCAUAAAUGGACGUAUAAAUCAAAAUUUAUAAUUAUUUUCAUUUCUUGUUUCACUUACAUCGUGCAUUACUGCUCUAAAUAUGCAUGUGGAAAAUAAUCAUAUUUUAGUAAAGUUUAUGAGAUCUCUCAUUAAGAACUCCUAUUCUCGUUUGGUCCAUCAACAAUUCUUAUGAAGUUGUUAUUCAUUAAUGCUUAAUACUUAUGGCUUUUCAACGCUUUAUAAUGUAUUAUACAGAACUUACUUACAACCAAAACAUUUGCUAAGGAUAACCUACUUAUAUGGCAGGGUUAUCACCUGGAAGAAGAUUUUAGCAAAUUAGCAAAUAUAUAUAUUGUGUUUUAUUUACAGUUACAAUGAUGCUUUUCAUAAUGAAACUGUUUGAUCAAACAGUUUUAAACCAUAUAUUUGCUAAGUCAGACUGUGUAAGAUAUGUAUAGUAUCAAACAAUAACUUCAUCAUAUCUUUGAAAAAAAAAUGCAUUAGGUACUCUGAAUUGUAUUCCUUCGUCUACAUUUUACUGACCGU